CUUCAGCUUCAAUUUCGCAUCACAUCGCCUACCAUGGCCGACACAUACCUUUCCUUCUUGCGCUCGCCGUCCGAGUCUGCCCUCGCACACGAUGCCGCCCUUCACUACAUCACCACUACCACCUCGAUCCACGAGCCCUCGGCCAUCAUCAAGCACUUCCAAACACAGGACAAGGUCGUCAAGAAGAAGUCGGAGAUUGUCCUGAGCUCCUUUGGCACCUCCGAUGGCGCUGUCGUUGAGACCGACACUACCUUUGAGUUUGUCCGUGGAGGAGGUGCUAUCCUGCCGCAGAUGGACGACAACAUGCUGGCCGAUUCGGUCGCUUCUCUUCCCAUGGUCCACGUCGUCCAAUACAACGGCGAAGGCAAGAUCAGCCAGAUCAGAAUCUACUGGGAUCAGUCAACCAUGCUCAGACAGGUCGACGCCAUUGGCAAGAGCGGUCGCAACUGGCCCAUUCGUGAUGGCACCAACCAAGUCAAGUCUAUCAAGCAGAGCAUCAACAACGCCGGCUCCACUUCCACCUCGCUCCCAUCCCGCGCUGCUCCUAUGAAUGAUAUCAACGGAUCGACCAAGUCGCAAGCCGGUGGUCGUCAAAACGGUGACUUCCACGCUCGCCUGUUCGCAACUGGUGAAGGUCAGGAGCCUCGCGCUCAAUCCAACGCCGACCCUGCAUACGCUGUUCGUACCUCGGCCAAGCCCGCUCCUCGUCAGAUGGAUGAAAUCUUCGCAAACGGUAGUUCUAACGAGGUUUACAAGCCCGAAGGAAAGCCCAAGGCCGGCUCUGGCAAGAAUUUCCACGACAACCGCCUUUUCGACGAGACCACCCAGCCCCAGCAGGUCCUGUCUCCCGACAGCAAGAAGAUCAAUCCCGAGAAAUUCAAUCAUUUCGAGUUCCCCAACGGCAAGGAUGGCGCCUCAGCUUCCGACAUGUACAGACGUGGUUCGACUAAGGGAUCUACCCACACUAGCAAUUGGGACUUCCAAGACUUCACCACGCCUGAGAAGCACAAGCCUAGACCCAACCCUGAGCAGGAGCGUCACAUUGGCCCUGGUGUAGACGAGGACCAGAUCUCUCCUGAGAAGCGCCCUAUCGUUCACGCUCCUCGCCCUGAUGCCAAUGCCCACUUCGAGAUCGCAGACGACAGCCCUGCUGGACCCAAGGCACCCUUCAGCAACCACACCAACGUCGACAAGUCCAGACGCGGUGACGAGUACCAGCCUCACUUCAACAUCGGCCAGUCGGAUGGCCCCAAGAAGAUCUACAAGACUGCAGGAAACGGUAUGGGAGGUCGUGCUGGAGCCCCUACUCUAUGGGACGAGCCUGAGCCACCUACCCCUGAGAAGGCCAUCUACAAGACAUACGGCAACGGCAUGGGCGGACGCAGAGACGGAGGUCUAUCAUGGGACAUCGGUGAUGAGGGUGACAGUUCUAGACAGCCUGCCAUCUACAAGACACGAGGUGACGGCAUGGGUGGUCGCCGCGACAAGAACGCCACCACCGAGAACGACACCAUUUCCGGCGCAAAGGGAUACGCUUCCUCAGCACGCGCUCAGAACUACCACUCUUCGCAAAGAGAUGACGAGUACGAGUUUUAGGUGACCGUCUCGGAUGAAUCGGAUCGCAUGGGCGUAGUGGAGUCACGAUAUCAUGGAACUUCUCACUUUUCCCUUUUCAAAGGGCAUGUUUUGUUUAGAGUAGCAUUGAAUUUUUGACAUUGAACGACAGAAUGGAUACGAAGUUUUCGACUUG